AUGACUUCUGAAGAAGGGUGGAUUUAUCUGUAGCCUAGUUAAGCAAUAAUUUGCCCCGUCAGUGAUAUGGUUUGAAUGCUGCCUGAACGUUCCGUGAACGUUAUAGUUCCGUGUGUGCGAUAAUAGGGCAACCCAUUUUUUUAUAGAAUAAACACAAUAUGAAGAAGUUUCAACAGAGGGCUUAUAAGCGUAGAUGGGCUGCCACAACUAGGCAUUUGAAGAAGCAAUGCCGACAGUCAACUUUAGAAUUAGAGAGUGAUGAUAGCGAGCAAGAUCACGACAUCAACUCCAGAAACAGUGACAAAGUACAUGGAUGCUGCAGAGACUGCUUCCUGCACAAUGAGGAACAUGUGUUUGAUGCUGACGAUGAAGAGGAAAUCCGGCCAAAAAAGAAGUGCAGAAAAGAGAAAACGCAGAUCUUCGUCCAGGCAGCCCCACUGCCAGAGCUCCCAACCUUUAACUUUCCAAUCUCCAGCGAGUACCAGACCACUUCAGCCAGUACCAGCCAAUACCAGACCACUCCAAGGCAUCCAGGCCGACCUCACAGCCCAGCGAGAAGCAGCACUUCCAGGCUCAGUCCAGACAGGAAUGCAUCCAGCUCAAGCCAGUACCAGACCACUCCAGCCAGCUCAAGCCAGUACCAGACCAUUCCAGCCAGCUCAAGCCAGUACCAGACCACUCCAGCCAGUACGAGUCAGUACCAGACCGCUCCAAGAAGCAGCAGGAAUGCCCUUGACAGUGAACUUUUCCAGUUGAACAUGAAAGUUCAAAAUAUACUUGAGAACCAGGGAGAAAUUAUGCGCAUGCUGAGAGGGCUGGCAGCACAGCCUGUGGGGCCAGAAUCUGUGGAUGUUCAAGAUCUCAUUGAUCAGCCUUUCGAGACUCUUGAGCAGCUGAGGGCCUUCUGUGAACGGCUCGACACUGAUCUUCUGCUCAGAAAGCAGCUGGUGAAAGCGCUUACUGCUCUUGGUGGGCAGAAUUUGGCAGACACGGUGAGGACAAUGCUGAGGAAAAUUGCCACAAACAAAGUCCUGGAGCAGCUUGGCCUCCGUGGAAAGACAGGAAAAGUGGCGUUUGAGGACUUGCCCCUUUACAGAAUAAUAAAUAAGGCAUGCAGGGGUGUUUACAAGCAGACGACCACAGCUGAAGUGGAUUGUGAGCUUGGAGAGGUCCUGAAACUGGCCACUUUUCGAAAGGGAGGUUCAAAAUUUGAGGAGAAGAGGAGGAAUUAAGAGAGAGGACAAAAAAGGAAAAAGAAACAAACAAAAGAACAGAGUGAGAUGAGAGGAUUUGGGUUUCCCUGCGUGGGCUGCUGCCCCCGCGACCCGACCUCGGAUAAGCGGAAGAAGAUGGGUGGAUGGAUUUACUUCCAGGAAGAGAACCAAGAAGGGGCAGGAUACACUGACGCGCACGACCAAGACCACUG